UUCUCUUCUCUGCUCUUGAUGUCGACUGACUUGCUCGUCCAUCACAAACACGCCACUCACCCCUGAGUUUGUUGAUGCUUGGGAAGGGAUCUCACUCCAUUUUUACCCCCCUUGGAAACAAUUUUGCAAGUGGACAAAGCUCACAGAUGUUGUUGUGCAGGAUGGCUGUCUCUGGAGACUUUUGCUGGAAACGGGUGGCCACGUUACUUUGCCUUCUGUUGCUGCAGCAAACAACAAAGGCCAUUCAUCCAGACUGUGCCCUGGUGGUUCAGCACAUGAAGGCGCAGGACGAAUGCAGCCAGAUCCUCAAACAGGAAGAGAGCAACCUUUCCACUGGGGCAGUGUGUCCAACAGCGUGGGACAACAUUCGCUGCUGGUGGCGUGCCGAGGUGGGACAGGUGGUCCGUGUGUCAUGUGCCAAUGUCUCCCAGCUGUUUCAGAAGCGAGGUUACGUCUACAGGAACUGCACAGAGGAUGGAUGGUCUGAGCUCUACCCGACCUACAAGGAAGCCUGUGAGUUCGCCGAAGACAGCCAGUCCGAGGCGGAGACAACAUACUUCUCCAACUUCAAGCAGGUGUAUACCGCUGGCUAUGCAACCUCCUUCAUCUCGCUUAUAUCCGCCAUCUUUGUCUUCACAGUAUUCAGGAAGUUUCACUGCACGCGGAACUACAUUCACAUGAACCUCUUCUUCUCCUUCAUCCUGAGAGCCAGCGCUGUUUUCAUUAAGGACUCGGUUCUUUUCUCGGAUGAAAACCUGGACCACUGUUUCAUGUCCACUACAUCCUGUAAAUCAGCAGUGGCCUUCUUUCAGUUCAGCAUCCUGGCCAACUACUUCUGGCUCCUGGUGGAGGGCAUGUACCUCCAGACCCUGCUGGCUCUCACGUUUGUCUUCCAGAAGAAGUACUUCUGGUGGUACAUUCUCAUCGGCUGGGGCCUCCCGACGACGAUCAUAACUGCGUGGAUCUUGGCCAGGAACUUCUACGACAACAGAGGCUGCUGGGACGACACAGAUGUGGCCUUCAUCUGGUGGAUCAUAAAAGCUCCCAUAACGGCAUCAUUACUGGUAAACUUCAUCAUCUUCAUCAAUGUCAUCCGCAUCCUGGUGCAGAAGCUGCGGUGUCCCGGUGUUGGCGGCAACGAUACCAGUCACUUCAAAAAACACAGGAGCAGAGGCUCGUAUCUUCAUAGAGCUUGGUUUGGGGUCUUUUCAGGGAUUUGUGGUGUCCCUGCUCUACUGCUUCUUAAAUGGCGAGGUGCAAGCGGAGCUGAAGAAGAGGUUCUGGAAGUGGCAGACAGAGAAGUAUCUGCACUACAGGAAACAACGUCGAGGUUUGUUCACCGAGAGCAGCACCGUUACUCAGAUAUCCGUCCUGGACAAAUCCAGCCCCAAAGACCAGCCCAGCGCUGCCAACGUUCUCACCAGCAACAUCUCCUCCGUCUGACCAACACCCACGGUGGUCCCGCUCACCACGGAACGUAUUUAACGCCGGAUCACACGACAACGUACAUGAUGGUGCUUGUUUGCGGACAGUGCGGUAUCUCUCACUUGUGUACUUUGUGUUCUUCUAUGUGUUAUUGAGUAUCAAUGCAGAAUAACCCCCCAUGGGGCCAAAGAAAGAUGCGAGUGCCAGCACUUUGAUAAAAGAAGGUGAUAAACACUAUUGAAGUCAACAAUGUUUAUUUAUCCAUUUCAUUCGUGCAUUGCUUUCUGCAUGUAAAACUGUAAUUAUUGUCUUAUAAAAUGUGUGUUUUGUUCAUAUUUUUGGGUGUCUGGAACAGAUUCAUAGGAUUUACGCUAUUUCUUAAGGGAAAAAUUGCUUGGUAUUACUAACAAAAAGCGAGGCUCCAUUCAUUUCUAGUGUUGUAUGGCUUAAAUUGCAACUUGGGAUUGUGACGUUUAUGAUGUUUUUGUUGUCCGUAAACCCAAUGGAAAACAAUCCAAAAAAGUAAUGAAGUUUUCUGUUUUAUGGUUAUUCGUCAGUGAGCACUAACUUCACCCUUGGUGGUAGUUUUUUUUUCCAUUGUCGUCAUCAAAACACUGCAUCAUCUUUUUGGUGUUCGCUAGGGAUGCUCCGAUAGAUCGGCCAAUUUGUGUAAAAAAUCGGCCAUAUGUCGAUAAACGCCUUUCAACCUCGAUCACAGAAGCCGAUCAUCUGUGGCCGGCACUACUGCCGCCCGCAGCAACCCUUUCCAGCAAUCUAGUGUCUUAACCUAACUAAAGCCUUUGGCAGUGUCGUCCUCCCGCUUCGAGUGAUGGAAAUUUCAUUUUUUUUUUUUUUUUUUUUUUUAAAGAGAGCCGAAAAAAAAGAGCCCACUCUUUCGGCUCCUCAAAUGUUUUUGUCUUAA